AUGGAUCAACAACGCGAGGACAUGCUGGCGCUCUUGGACAAGGCCAAAGACCAGUGGUCCAGCAGCUUUCCUUCAAAUCGCGACGGCGAAGAGAUCGAUUGGCGUCAGCGCAAGUGGCUUCCGCGGACAACGUUCAAGGAGUAUGCGAUAUUUGACAUCGCGGAAGGCAGGCUUAAGAGAGACCAACUCAGCACUGCGGAAGGAAAGAUAGCUUUUGAUCGCCCACAGCGCAAGAUCCAGCGCAUGAUCGCGUCGGCGAUACCGCCACCCCGCCUGCAGCAGGUCGACCACUUGGAGACCGGCACUGAGAUGUGGGCGGAGGUGAACGAGAUCUACAAGAGGCGCAUGGACUCGGUGAUCAAGGAGAGCAUCAUUUUCCGGAAGUGCGACGAGCUCAAGGAGCUCAAGUGCUCGCCAACAGGCGAUGUGAGCAUUCACCUGACCAAGAUGUUUAGGAUCAAGUCGGACUUGAAGAGCUACGGCUACGACGUCAAGGAUAUCAACAUGAGGCAGAUUAUGCUGGACAGCCUUCCUGACCUUUACGAGUAUGAGCAGCUGCGCGGAUCAGUGAUGCGGAGAUGA